CGAGCAGCGUGAGCGCCCGACAAAUUGUGUUGCGCUCGGGAGUAGUCUCCCGCCGACGAGCUAUGCCGUCUCGAGAUACCCUGCGAUGGCUGCAGACAGUGAACCUCAACUUCAUCGCAGUCACCUACGGUAUGGCGAUCGCAGUGUACGGGGCGACGCUCGUAGAUGUGGCCGAUAUCUACCGCGAGAGCAUAAGAGCCACCUCGAUCACCCUGACGGCUCGCGGUCUCGGCUCUGUUUUCUCAAGCCUCAUUGGCGCACUAGUCUACAAAUUCGUGAAUCUCCAAGUGGUUUUAAUGGCUUGUGUCAUUUUUGGAGCCAUAUCGGCUCUGCUGACUACAGUUCUACCUUCUAUCAUUUAUCUUCACGUUCUGACAUUCUUCGUCGGCUGCUCAAUGGGAUUCAUGGAAAUCGGUAUCCAUGUGUGGCUUCAAGUCAUCUGGAAAGAGCGCAGCGGAUCAUUUUUCCACUUCAUGAAUUUCAUGUUUGGAUUCGGCGGCAUCGUAGGUCCCUUCAUUUGUGAGCCAUUUCUUCGGGGAAUGGAGAAUGAUUCGAGGCUCUAUGAGAAUGUGACCGCUUCGAAAGCCGAGUUUUCGUCUGUCAGCAUCGAGGGCAACGUCACGCAGCUUGUAAACGGUGGAACCUCUCCCGAGAGAAGUGGAUCACGCAUAUUUACAGCUUUCUGCAUCAUCGCUGCUAUCCAUGGCAUCAAUGCGCUGUCGAUGAUAAUUCCCUACUGUAUGGACAGCUCAGACUUUAAAGCCAGCAAAGAAACUUCUUAUUUCAAGCGAGAUCUCCCCAAGCACUCCAGACGUACGGUCCUCGCUCUUCUGGCCUUGUACUUGACAGUGGGUGUCACGUGUGAGUUCGGAUUCUCCUCGAUGGUUUUCACAUUCGCUGUGAGCCACCCGUCAUUGCACUUCACUAAAUCUCAAGCUGCGUUUCUCACCUCCUUGUUCUGGGCAAGCUAUACUGUGAGUCGAAUCGUGACCACAGGGCUGUCCCUAAAAUUCGGCGUCGCUCAACUCAUUGUGGGAUCUCACUUCAUCUACGUGACCAGCGUAGUGCUAAUGAUGUUCUUCCUCGAUACUUCACCAGCCCUCGUCACGUGGCUUGGCACUGCGCUGGUUGCGUUCGGGCUUUCUCCAUAUUGGUCCAAUGGUACGGCUUGGAGUGUUCUGUUCAUUCAGCUGACACCGGGCUCUGUUGGUCUCAUAAUGGUACUCAUAUCGAGUGGUGUGAUGUUGAUUCCAUUCAUCGUAGUUAGCCGGAUCAGCGAAAACCCACAAUUUUUUCUGUAUUCGAACACCGGGUUAGCCUUGCUCCUCACUGCGGUGGCAGCUGCGCUCAUUCUCUACGGCAAUACGAAGGCGCUAAAAAAACACAAAAAAGAAAACAAAGCCAGAAACCCCGAUCUCAGUUGA